UACACGUGUAAACAAAUGCUUGAAGAUGAAGAGGUACAAAAUUUGGUGCAUUCUGGUCAAAAGUUUGACCUGGUUAUUGUGGAGCAAUUUCACUCCGACUGUCCUUUGAGUAUAGCAUAUAAGCUAGGAGCACCAGUAAUUGGAGUUACAUCCAAUAUGUUGCUACCCUGGCAUUACACAAGGUAUGGAGUUCCCUACAAUCCUUCUUAUGUUUUAUAUGAUAUAUUUAAAGCAGGAACAAAACCAAGUUUCUUGGAAAGGGUUGUUAGAACGAUGAGUUUUCCAUAUAUAAAUUUCAUUCAAUAUUUAUGCAUGAAAGCUGACGAUACAGUGAUUUCGAAAUUUUUUGAUGAUGUACCACCAGUAGCAGAUUUAGCUCGUGAGAUUAAGUUUUUACUUCUCUACCAAAAUUAUGUUAUAACUGGAUCACAAAUUUUACCGUCAAAUGUGAUAGAAGUGGGAGGAUAUCAUGUCGCAAAACCUAAACAAUUACCCGAUGAUUUAAAGAAAUUUAUCGAUGAAUCUAAAAAUGGAGUAAUUUACAUUAGUUUCGGAUCAGUCAUAGAUCCUUCGUCUUUGAAACAUGAAAGAUUCGAAGCUAUAUUAAACGCAGUAAAAGAAUUGCCCUACAGAAUUGUGUGGAAAUGGAAUAAGCAGAUACCAAACAAGCCAGAAAACAUAUACGUGUCCAAAUGGAUGCCUCAAAAUGACAUAUUAGCUCACCCCAAUGUAAUAGCUUUUUUCUCUCAUUGCGGUCAAUUGGGUACUACAGAGGCUGUGCAUCAUGGUGUGCCCAUUCUUGGCAUGCCAGUUGUAGGUGAUCAGUAUUCUAAUGCAGCUGCGAUAGAAGAACGGGGUUUGGGAGUUCAAAUUGCCGUUAAUGAAUUAACUAAGGAGCUACUGCUACAAAAAUUCAAGAUUAUUCUAGAUCCUGCAUUCAGGGACAAUGUCAAACAACUAUCUAAUAUGUGGCGAGAUCGACCCGUAUCAGCACUUAGCACAGCUAUCCAUUGGACAGAGUUUGCUGCUCGGUAUCAUAACUUUACAUUUAGGCCAGCCGCGGCUGACGUACCGCUUUACCAAUAUCUGGGUCUCGAUGUGAUAUUUGUACUUUUAACAUUCUCAAUAUUUAGUGCAUUUAUUUUGAGAUGGGCUAUUUUUAAGUUAAUAAUGCGAUUGCGCAAAGUUUUAAAACAGAAAAAGGAUUGAUUGUUAAUUGCUAUGCUAUGAUAUAUUUUGUAUGUUAUUAAUAUAUAAUGAUUAAAAUUUCAA